ACUAGUCCACCACAUUCCCAAAGAUGAAAAACACGUCGCGCAUCAUCACUCUUUUCAUGUCUCUUUUUACAUACCUAUAAAUAACAUCGUCUUUUCAAGUAGAUAUUUCUACAUCGCGUCAACUUUUUCUAAAUCUGUGUUGCAGUGUUUUUAAGGACUGAAUUUCAUAUCUCGGAACACAGGACAGAUCCAUCUCAUAUAAACGGAUUCUUUUUUCAGAUCAUCUCUAAUUCAAUAAAUACAAAGAUGAUGCGAAACUCAUCUGUUUUACUGAUGAUAUUGAUUGCAUAUUCAGCAUAUUCUUUUGGAGUUAUGAUGCCUUAUACGAAUAAUACUGUUCUCCAUUACUCCGUAAAAGAAAACAUCUCUAUUACUUGUACUGGUACAAACGAAGACAAAGUGACAUGGAUGCAUGAUAAUACAGUGAAAGGUAAUUACACCAUAAAUGCACAGACCCCAUACAGAAAACUCCUUGAAAUACGAAAUGCUUCAGUUCUUAAUGCUGGGAUGUACUACUGUGUUUCAACAAAGAACAGCUAUGAGUUCAUGUGGAUUUUUCUCUUACCCGAUGAUCCCGCUUUCAUAAACAACGGAGACCACAGAAUUUAUAUAAAUUCAAUUUCAAACUCAGAGAAUUGAGAGAAAAUUCAUGUGAUGAAUGAAGAAAAUGAUCUUGAAUAAACAACUUCAACCGAUCAAAAACAAUAACAUCAUUACAUUUAAUAUACACUAAAAUUUGAAACUUAACUGGGUUUUUCAAAAUUAUUUUGAUAUUAAAUAUAUCUAGGUAGGUCUAAGGUCUAAUGAUAAGAAUUUGAGCCUAAGGCAUAUCCUCAUUUGUAUUGAUUUAUUUGAUCAAUAAAAAUAAAGAAUCUGCAUGUAA